UCUUAAAUAGCUUAAGAUCUUUCCUGGCUCUUUGUGUCCCCCAUAUGGGCCCUGCCUUUUGCUCAUACAUCAAAUGCAUACCGGACACUUUCUGUGUGUAGACGGUAUGGGGAUAGCAAGGCAUCAGUAGUAGACAAAGCAAAUCCAAUCCCUGCCCCUGUGGGCCUUCCAGCUAUAUUCCCAGCACAGGCAACCUCUGUGUCUCCCUGGUUAGAACAUCCUUCCCUUACCCCCAGCUUGGCCAGGGGCUGGUAGAGCUUGUUGGAGGUGCCCCCUCCCUGCACAGGCAAGUCUAGCCGCCUGAAAAGGCUGGAGUGCUCCUCCUUCUGUCCACUCUGCCCCUUGAGCCUCUGAGAGAGCCCUUCCUGAUGCAUCAAAUCCAGUGUCUGCCCAGCCUGAGAAAUUCCUCGCUCAGGGUACCAGCCUGGUGAUGCCAGCCUUCAUGGCUGGCCUGGGCCCAGCCCAGGGAUGUGGCUCAGGGCCCUCAUUACUCCCCAAAACAUGCUCCUUCCUUCCUUUCUUCUGGCUGACAUUUUCUCUGGAGUCCCUACCUGCCAAAGGUCCGGGCAAGAGCUUUAGAGUUGGAAUAAUCUGGAGUGCAGUCUCAGCCUGCCUACCUACUCUCCUGUGACCAGGGUGCAGCACUUUACUUCCCCAAGCCUUGCUCUUCUCAUCUGAAAAAUGGGUAAAGAGCACCUCCCGGCAGGGCUGCUGUGAAGAUCGUCCCUGUGGCACUGAGCACAGAGUCAUGAGUGAGCCAUUCCUACCCUGAUGAACACACAUGCUUGUGUGUUGUGAGUGACUUGUGACUUGUCCAAGGUCCCAGGCCUUGCCUUGGGAAGAGCCGAGCUAAAAGCACCUGGGCUGCUAACCCAGGUCAGAGGCUCCUUCCCUGCCCGUGGAUGUCCCAUCACUGGUGGGAGAGCCAGCCCUGGCUGCUUGGUGGCCGUGAAGCUGGGAUCCGGAUUCUCACCUGACUCUCUGCCCACAUGGUGCAUUUCAGGUGUAUGCCUGUUGCAGUGUGACCAGGGUUUCCUGAUCAGGGCUCAGCCGCCUUUAGACCAGCUAGCGAACUGUAAGAGAACAGAUGCGUUGUGACUCGCCUGCAGGCCAGCACCAACUACGGAAGCACCCUCAGCUGCAUCCGCACAGUGUAUAGGAGGGAGAGUGUGUUUGGCUUCUUCAAGGGCAUGUCUUUUCCCCUUGCCAGCAUCGCUGUCUAUAACUCGGUGGUGUUUGGGGUCUUCAGUAACAUGCAGAGGUUCCUCAGCCAGCACCACGCCAGGGAGUCCGAGGCCAGCCGGUCCCACACCCUGUCGGACCUUCUCCUGGCCAGCAUGGUGGCCGGUGUGGUCUCUGUCAGCCUGGGGACGCCCGUGGACCUCAUCAAGAUCCGGCUGCAGAUGCAAACACAGCCAUUUCAGGAAGGCAACCUUGGUUUGAAACCCAGGGCCGUGGCUCUUGGGGUGCAGCCGGUCUACCAGGGAGCUGUGCAUUGCAUCGCAACCAUCGUGCGGACUGAGGGCCUGGCAGGGAUGUACCGAGGUGUUGGUGCCAUGCUGCUGAGGGAUGUCCCGGGCUACUGUCUCUACUUCAUCCCCUAUGUGUUCCUGAACGACUGGAUCACACCCGAGGCCUGCGCAGGCCCCAGCCCCUGGGCCGUGUGGCUGGCUGGCGGCCUGGCAGGAGCAAUUUCUUGGGGGACAGCGACUCCUAUGGAUGUCGUGAAAAGUCGACUCCAAGCUGAUGGGGUUUAUUUAAACAAAUACAAAGGCAUCCUGGAUUGUAUCUCCCAGAGUUACCGGAAGGAAGGUCUUAAAGUGUUUUUUAGAGGCAUCACGGUGAACACUGUGCGCGGCUUCCCCAUGAGCGCCGCCAUGUUCCUUGGGUAUGAGCUCUCGCUGCAGGCGCUCCGCGGGGACCACACCGUGACCAGCCCCUGAGCGUCAGCCGGCGUGAAGUUCCCGGGAGAGCUACGACUGUUUCUUCACUUCUUUAUCACUGGUGCCUCACACGGAGAUGGCCACUCAGAAACAUUGUUGAGAAGAUGGACGAUCAGCUUCCAGUAUCCUCUCAGCUCCUUCUCUUCUUUCCCGCACUGUUUCUCCUUCUCUGGCUCCACACUGGUAACCUGCAGAGCUGAGAAGAUCAAGGGGGAUGAGUCACUGAAUUUUCUAGGUAAAAAGAAACCAUUUCGCUUCAGUCUUGGUGACUGCAAAUUCUCUCAAGAAGGAUGGUCGGGCGCCUGGGUGGCUCAGAUGGUUAAGCGUCUGCCUUCAGCUCAGGUCAUGAUCCCAGGGUC